ACUUUAUAAUGUUACUCACUUUUUUGUGCUGGGAUUUAUGAGUUGGGCUUCUGGUUAAUUUUUUCGGCAAUUGAGUCACACAAUUGUAAAGCGAAAUAUUUGGCUGGGUCUCUGGCCUUUCCAUCAAUGUUGAGUUGAAAAUGUUCGCUCUUGAAGAAUUUAAGCUCUUAUAUGGAACAGAAAUACGUCAAUAGCCAUGAGGUGGAUAACAAUUGCUUGGCUUGCCUGGAUCAUGUUACUGGUCAUGAGCUUUGCUUUGAGUUGUAUCGGUUGUCCUUGGGAUAGAAAGACAGUUCGAGUUUUGGUUAUUUUGGACGAUUUAAAUCCACAUUUUUCGAAAGAAUUCAACUCAUUAACAUCUGAGGAAAGCUUAGCCUCACUAUACUAUGAACCAGGAGCAUGCGUACCAAAACUCAAGUUCAACUUCUUGACAUUUAACAAGAGCUCAAGCGAGAUAGGCACGAUAGAAGAGACUUAUCGACGCUUUAGUCAGUACACGUUCUGUGUCGUCAUUCUAGCAACCCGACAUCGACAUUCAUGGUAUGUCUUGGAGUAUGCAAAUAUGAAACAUAUACCCGUCAUUGACAUCAUAGCCAAGAGUAGCCUCACUAUUCCUACGCUAUGGAAAGGAUUCCCAAUGAUUCAUCUUAGUUCCCAAUCAAGUAUCAAAGACAAAGCAGCAUCUAUAGCACCAAUCCUAAAUAAACUGAGCUGGAAAAAGAUCAUUUUAAUGCAUGACAAUUCCAUAGAAAAUAUGCAAAUAACAGCAAAUUUUGAACGUAGUUUCCCUCUAAACAACAUAUUAAUGCUAAACUCUUCGAUGGUCACCAACGAAACAAGUUUGGAAAAGUUAAUUUUAGAAUUCACGGAAAUGAAAAAGCUUGGUUCAUCCUUUGCAGUUUUGACUAACGAUCAAGUCAUUGUGGACAAUAUCUUAACUGCGGCUAGCCAACUGGAUAUGCUUGGUCCUGCUUUUACGUGGAUUAUGUUUAAUGAACUGGAGAGAAAUUACAUUCCGUCCUACUUAGUGCCCUACGUUUUACUUAUCGUUGGCCCGGCAAACCAUAAGUGGAAGUCACAUGACCUGAUAAGGGAUUCCGUGUUCCUUAUAGCCAAGGGCUUGGAUAGGAUAUCGAAGAUCGAAGAGAAGCAAAAAUGUUCUUGCCGAUGUGAUUGCGAACCAUUUACGAGCCAGCUAUUUAGAUGCAUCCAGCAAGUAGAAUUUCAAGGAACAUCCGGAUUGAUCAAAUUUGACGAAACAGGACAACGAAGAUAUGCUAAAUCUUAUAUCCGCGUAAUCACGCAAAUGGAAGACAAAAUUAGCCAAGAAAUCAUAGGAGAGUGGGACGGCAAGACUGUUUUUAUCCAGGAACAGAAGUCCUACCCAAAGCUUCGUGCACUCAUCAAUGAAUAUCCACCCAAUAUCAUGGCUCUGCCAAAACUGAAAGAAAAAACUUGUCCUUCAAGUGCCCAUAUUUGUAUGAAGGGAAUUCAGUUAUCUGGUGGUAAAAUGAUAACAAAGGAAUAUUGUUGCUAUGGGUUUGCCAUUGAUGUGCUGAAUCUGAUAAAAGAGGAAGUAGGGUUCGAUCCUGAACUGCAGUUUAGCAAAGAUGGUCAAUAUGGAGUCUUUGAUACUGAGAAUGGUUCAUGGAAUGGAAUUGUGGGUGAGUUAUUAAGAGGUGAAGGAGACAUAACUCUCGAUUUGUAUGUAAGUGCAAGGCGAUCAAAUGUGUUGGAUUUUACCGAACCAUACGCUCCGUCGGGAAUACGUCUUCUCGUUAAGGAAAAUAGUGGCAAAAAAUCAGAGAUCUAUUGGCUUUCCUAUCUGAGACCAUUUACUUCAAGUGUGUGGCUGACCCUCUUGGGUAGUGUGGGCGUUAUGAUCGUGUUUUUAUGGAUUGUAGAAAAGUUCGCUCCACAUAGAUAUCCGGCAAAAAUACAAGAGGAAGUUACGAUGGACUCCGAAGACAACGAUAAAGAAUUACUCCAGAAAUUCAUACCAGUGAACCAAAUUUCAGACUAUGAUUAUUUCGAACCAAAAGAAAAUACCUUAGACGAAGAAAAAAUCGACGAGCAACAAGAUAUCCAACCAGAUAUGUAUGGGUCGUUUGGACUUGAUAACGCUGUAUGUUAUACACUUGCUUUAGCAUUCGGUCGUCCUGCAGACGAAGCAAAACCUUUGCUUAAUGGAGCAAGACUUGCAUCUGUUGCCUUUGGAGUAGCAAUGUUGAUGUUGGUGUCAAGUUAUUCUGCGAAUCUUGCAGCGUUUCUUAUAGUUGACGAUAAGUACACCUCUGUUACGAGUAUUUACGAUGACAAGAUUGCACAUCCCCCUCCUGGAUUUCGUUACGGAACGGUCAAAGGAUCUUACAUGGCAGACUUCUUCUCAAAUUCAGAGAAUGCAUAUAUGAGGUCCAUGUGGUACAACAUGAAAAAACAUAAUGUCGAUACGGUUACAGGAGGAGUAGAGAAAGUACGGAACGGAGAACUUGAUGUCCUUAUAGCCGACCACAUCAGCCUCCAGUAUGAAUCUCUCAACGAUCCAAGUUGCAGAUUGAAAGUUGUCGGCGAUCCUUUUGCAAUGUCAGGUGCUGCCAUUGCUGUCAAGAAAGGCUCGCCUUGGUUUCCUAAGUUUAAUGCUGUUCUACAAAAACUAAAAUCAAAAGGACUGACAGACUUUAUUCAGAAAUUUUGGAUCAGUAAGUAUAAAUGCGUUAACGAGAAGCCGCCAUCACAGUUGAAAAUACAGGACUUAAGUGGGUUGUUUCUCCAGCUGGCCAUAGCAGUAAUAGCCUGUUCGUUCGGUACGUUUCUUCAUAAUAUAAUCAGUUUUCUCGCGCAUGCGUAUAAAACACACAAACCCCGUGGUAACAGUAUUAUUACGAAUACUAAUACAAUGGGGUCUCAACGAGACAAACGGAAAACCAACUUCAGAACAACAGACUGUGUAGAAACUGAUGUGUAAUGGGUAUAUUCUACGUAUUCCUCCUCCCGGGGGAUGAAGAAAUCUAGAACACAUAUCUAGCUUCAUUAUGGAAGAUACGUCGUUUUGAAUCGAAUUGGUGUUCUGUGAAAAAUAUGCAUUUGAGAGUUUAUAUUACUUCUGUAUGCCUUUUCUGAGUUCAAUAGACAGAAUAUUCAUUCUGGUCUCCUUGAGGUACGACCAAUACCAUAUAUGGAGUAUAUAGACACCUUGCAUUGAUUUCCUAGGGGAAUUGUUCCGGGGGGAAAAAAAAAUUCCUCCAGGAAAUCAAUAUGCAAGGGGUCUAUAAGGCACGGCGAAAAAAUGUGUGCCCAAGCAAAACCACAAUGCACCAUUUUCGCUAUCUCAGGUACGGACUUUAAGUUCAUGAUUAAAUAAGGUAAAACUAAAUGGAUAUGUACCUAUGAUCAUUAACAUUCUGUACAGACAACAGCAACAAUAAGAAAGAAAAAGAUAUUUAAAUAAAUAUAAACAAACAAAAUAAAUAAAUAAGGAUAAUAAUAAUAACGGUAAACGGAAAAAAAAAAACAAUAAUAAUCAUAUUUACAAAUUUAUGCUUACAGGGUCCAUAACUGUGGGUUUUUUUGAGAGUAUAUGCGAUACAGCUAUUUCACGAAAAAAGUUGUGAAGGUUUUUAUGCAUUCAGCGUAUGUUGCAUGUUGGUUACCAAACUUGAAAUUUAACUUUCAUACGUAGAUGAUUUUACUGAUAAUGUUAACAUUUUUUCAUGCAAAUAAUGUUAACAUAGAAGAAACUUUACCAAAGAAAACGCACAAACAAUUGCAAAGUUUGGUAAAAUGUCAUAUCGUUGUGACCAUUCACUAAUUGCUAAUUGCAUUCCCUUGUUAUGCAACAUCAACAUAGGAUAGAUUAGAGGCGUCAGAAACAUUUCUCUCGCAAGAACCACAUUAUUAAUAUCCGGCAUGAUAGCUAUUGAUCUCAAUUAAGGAAAGUAGUGGCAAGAUCGAAAAACAUACAUAUAUAUGUACCUAUCUUAAAUAAGAUACCUAUCUUAAUAUACAAGAUAGCUCUCUUCUUUAGGAAAGUUGACUUUAAUAAGCCUGAAGCGAGAUGACGUUUUACCCCCGACUCUAUACCAUAAUAGUUUUUAAAAUUCUUUCAUAUUAAUUUUUUUGAUUCCUUAGAGAAUACAGGAACAAUAGUCAUAAUUAAAGAACAAAAGCAAUGUGAAAAGGAUUAUGGUCUAGAGACGGGGGUAAAACGUAAUCUCGCUUCAGGCUUAUUAUCUUUGCAUAGCGGCAAGGCCAAGUAGAAAAUUUUGCUUCUCAAUGAGGAUUGCUCCUCGUUCCUUAACUGCUGCUGUAACACUUUUUAGGUCGUCAAGUUGUGUUUGGUGACCGCCCAGCAUUGUUAGGCGCUAUUGUACUUAUAUUGCUUCAGCCAUAACAAUUAAAAAAAAAAUAAAUAAAUAAAAAAACCAGACUCAAAAGCCCAAUAUUUUCUAUAUAUUUAUUGUAUAAACUUUGAAAUGUCAA